CAAACACCAAUAAACCAACACGAAGCAGACAACGAAGAGGCUAGUGAGCUAGCCUUACUGAAGGCUAAACUGAGCAAAAUAUGGCUACUGUACUCCCCGUUAGACCGCCCUGCGAAAGCAAUCCCGCUACCCCUGGAGCACAAUCCAUAAAGGAGGAUGUGAUAGAAGAGGUGUCCAACGAUGGCAGCCAGCCUCCCAAGAGAAGGAGGAUGGGUUCUGGGGACAGUUCGAGAAGCUGUGACACCUCCAGUCAAGAUCUUGGACCGACAUAUUUCCCAGCAGAGAACCUGACAGAGUACAAGUGGCCUCCAGAUGACACAGGAGAGUAUUACAUGCUGCAGGAGCAGGUCAGCGAGUAUCUUGGAGUAACGUCCUUCAAGAGGAAAUACCCUGAUAUGGAGAGGAGAGACUUGUCCCACAAAGAGAAGCUGUACCUGCGUGAACAGAACGUCAUCACUGAGACACAGUGUACUCUGGGCCUGACAGCUCUGCGGAGUGACGAAGUGAUAGAUCUGAUGAUAAAGGAGUAUCCUGCCAAGCACUCCGAGUAUUCAGUCAUACUGCAGGAGAGAGAGCGACAGAGAAUAGCUAAAGAGUAUUCUCAAAUGCAGCAGCAGAACCCUCAGAAGGUAGAGGCCAGCAAGGUUCCUGAGUACAUUAAGAAGGCGGCUAAAAAAGCUGCAGAGUUCAACAGUAACUUCAACAGAGAGCGUAUGGAAGAGAGGAGAGCGUACUUCGACCUCCAGACACAUAUUAUCCAGGUGCCCCAGGGCAGGUUCAAGGUUCUGGCUCCAGAGUUGACAAGGACAGGGCCGUACCCUGUGGCUCUCAUACCCGGACAGUUCCAAGACUACUACAAAAGGUACUCCCCAAAUGAGCUACGAUACUUGCCAUUGAACACAGCUCUGUUUGAGCCUCCACUGGAUCCAGAGCUCCCAGCUCUGGACUCAGAACCUGAUUCUGACGACGCAGAGGACGGAAAGGGUGACAAAAAGAACAAGAACUCCUCUGACAGUUCUUCAGGCAACACAUCAGACGUGGAGAGCCAGGAGGGAGCAAGUGGACCAGGUAGCAAGUCGAAGGCCAAAGACAGGACUUCGACGCCGGGAAAAGACAGCAGCCGCCAUUCUGCCUCCCAUAAAGCCACCCCAGGGUACAAGCCUAAGGUCAUUCCCAAUGCUAUAUGUGGCAUUUGCCAGAAGGGUAAAGAGGCCAACAAGAAGGGCAAGCCAGAGGCUCUCAUUCACUGCUCCCAGUGUGAUAACAGCGGCCACCCGUCCUGCCUGGACAUGAGUCAGGAGCUGGUGGGUGUGAUCCAAACAUACCGCUGGCAGUGUAUGGAGUGUAAGACCUGCACCGUGUGCCAACAGCCCCACCAUGAGGACGAGAUGAUGUUCUGCGACAAAUGUGACAGAGGAUACCACACGUUCUGUGUGGGGAUGGACUCCAUACCCACUGGCCUCUGGGUGUGUGAAGUUUGUGAUUCCAAUUUCAACACACCCAAGAAGAAGGGAGGAGCCAAAACACCCAAGAAGGCCAAAUCUGCUAAGAAAUAAUCAGCUCUACGAGAAACUGCUGUACCCUGACCAAAUGUUACACCAAUGCACUGUCUUUUUAAAAGCUGUUCAAUUCUCAAACGUCACAUCAUUGCAUUCCAAAAAUUAACAAAAAAAUAUAUGUAGCCCUUCCUCCAAUUACCAGGAGUGGAAAUACAAGAUCUUUACGGCAUGUUGUCAUAUAAGACCUUCACUCGCCUGCUAUGGAGGGAUUGACAGGUAAAAACAAACAUUAAACAAAAUGUCUUGAAUCCAAGGAAAAACAGAUUUCUGCAAGAAAAACCUUUAAUAGUACAGCCGUUGGAAACAUUAACUUAAGCAAAGCAACAACUAACAUUUGACUGAACUCCAGACACUAUAAAUACAUCCAUACAUAAUGUUGACAGCUACACUGUAAAUAAAGUAAAACAUAAUCUAAAUGUACUGCAGUAAAUCCUGCCAUGGGUUGACCACUAACAGUUUCAGUGCAUUACUUAUUUAAACUAACUAGUCUCGUAGUUAAAGUCUCAUAGCUGCAGUGAUAAGCUGUAAGUGUGAAAACUGUCUUAUUCAGACCAAUGGUGCUUUCGAUCAACAACUACUGAAACAAUAUCAACAAGAGUUCACUUGUGUGCAUCUCUUACUUUCAAAACAACAUUUUUGUAUGUCUUUUUGUAUCUCAUAACCUUAAGUUGGUGUUUUUUUAAUUAACUUAAUGAGCCAGGCCAGUGAAGAGCAGUCUGAAAUGAUGACAUGGUGCUAUAUAGUGAUCCUUUGUAAUGAAUAGAUGCUGGCUGUGGUAGACAGCAAUCAUCAGGUAUUUAUGUUUGAGUCUUGAUUACUGACACCAAGUGAUUCUAUUUAUGUGUCGGUUUUGUUGUCAGCCCUCCACUAUUCAUUAGAAUCACAUGUAACCACUGUAAUACAUUCAAAUUAAAAAUCAAUCAGCUCUAGUUAGUCAGCUGGUGUUUUUGCAGUCCGUUUGAAAGUUUUUCUUUCUUUUUUGUAACUUUGAGUGUUUCUAUUUUGUAUUUUCUUUCAGUAAGCAGUUUUUUUUUCAUUGUAC